GUAAGAAUACGAACGAACCUUGUUCCAGUUACUAGUAGUAACUUUUGCAUAUUUCAUCGAAUUACUUUCCUUCGAAAAAAACGAGUUGAAUUUUUCCGAGUAUGUACUACAAAUAUAUAAAUAUGCCGACUAUUGCCGAGAAUAAGAAUUAUAAAAAAAAAAAAAACAAAAUGAAAAGUGUUUUUACAGAGUUUAAAUAUGAAAUAACGAGACAAAGAAACACCCUUAAGCAUCUUUCACGAUAUCGUCAUAAAUGAACAAUGCUAGAAGCGAGGGAAAGGGACGAAAGUAAGAAUGCAUAGGAACACUCUGUAUGUGUAGUACGGUUGAUCGUAGCGCAACACGCGGCUGAAAUGCCGGCAGAGUGCGGACCGAGGCGAGGGAGCGUGUAACGUGUAUUCCCUGACAGUUUCAUGUCAACAAAUGUCGUGCCCGCAGCCCGCGGAGUCGCGCCCAGCAAUGAGCCAGGCCUGUACCAGAACUCGCGGCAUAUUCGCGAGAUGAACCAAUCGCGUAGCUCGGUCACGUCAUCGUCGGCCAAUCGGUAUCGUUGUUGGUGGCGACGGUUGCUAAAAAUAGCUCGUAUAUAUCUAGGCCGGCCGCGACCGCGAAUUAUCCACAGUCGUGCGCCGGCAGCCGACGAAGGAGGGCGGUGUUGGGCGUAUCGGAGCGCUGUGUUGUCGUUCGCACUGAAAAGGUUAAAUGGUAAUAACAGACCAUGUACAACCUGAACGUGAACGUGAAUCCUAGUCCAGCGGCUGCCGCGGGUCUUCUCGGUGUCGCGGCGGCCGAGGUCACGCCAAGGACACCGGAAAUUGUAAAUUCCCUAAUCGCUAUGACCAAUCCCUUCGAGGGUUACACGAACGAGAAAAGCAGGGACCGUACGGACUCGACUAGCAGCGGUGAGCCGAGCCCACCGAGUGUUCAGCACACCUGUAGUCAGCUCAUUAAAGAAGGAUUGAAGUUGACGCUCCAAACGAAGAGGCGAGCCAAUGGAAGCGGGGAUGACUCCAAGAAGAGGACGAAAAAGGAGGACGGCAGUGCGGACGACGAGGAGGAGGACGAGGGGAGCAACAACAACAACCGCGGUGGACUGACACCGGAGGACGAGGAAAGGCGCCGAAGACGACGCGAAAGGAACAAAAUCGCCGCAACCAAGUGCCGGCUGAAGAAGCGUGAGAAGACGGUGAUCCUGGUACAGGAAUCGGAGAUCCUCGAAACGCAAAACCAUGACCUAAAGUCACAGAUACAGGAGCUGGAGACGCAGAGGCGCAGGCUGGUGGACAUGCUGAGCCUCCACGGACCGACAUGUCUGAAGCAGGGUGCUUCGGAUACUUCUUAUCAGCAGUUCGCGGAACCCGUGCACCUACCUAGUUACCAAGAAAACUUUGUGCAACCUCCGCCAGCGUUGAACCAACCUCAGAAUUGCGUUACAGAGUACCCGGUGAAAGUGGAAGAGUACGAGGGUGAUUUCUACCGACAGGGAAGCCCUUAUGUGCCAACCUCGGAUUCCGGUUGUACAGUUUAGUAGUUUUAUCCAUUAUAAGUGAUCCCUGCCGCCAUUUUAGGGAGCAAUCUCUGAGGAGGUUUAGGUUUACCGGUCUGCGAUGACCCUGGUUGUAUGCAUUCCAAGAAGACCUCGGAGAACUGAAACAUCGAUAACAGUUGGAGAAUAUGUUAUCCAGAAAACAUUUGGAGAGUCUCGUGAAUGUCCUUCUUGUUGGAUCUCCCUUGUCAUGUCCGGUAAACCAGACUCUCCUAGAUCUCCUUCCCUCCUCUGUUAAUUGCAAGUCUAUAGCUUAUAAGUUGAUUAAUGAUUACGAUAACAUCAUUUCGCGCUCCCUUUUCCUUCUUAUCCUUUUUCUUUAACGUCUUAUAGUAGGUUCUUUACCUACUCGUCUUCCCUCUCUCCUUUUCUUUUUUUUUUUAACAUACACCUUUAUACUCGGAACGUUCAACGUAGAACGCUUGAAGACAUUCCUUGAAAGUAAUCCUUUUUUGAAAGUAAGUAACCAAUUCCUUGAACAUAAGUACUGUGACAUUCUAAGGUAUAAUUAAUAUGUAUAAUCGACAACUGUAAGACAGAAACGUAUCACUUUUGUAGCGCUCUAGAUGAGCGAAGCUGAGCCUAGUUGUCGGACGUUAGUUUUUGAAGAAGAACCUUGUAAACGGAUAGAAAAUUCUCUAUAAUGCCUAAUGUUAUAUGGAAAAAAUAUUCUUGAAAAGAAAGUUUUACUUCUGUCAACUAUGAUGAUCUUUCUACGACGCUAAGUCGAAACAAAGCGCGAAGAGAAAGAAAGUCUACGAGCGCUACCAAAGUGCUUUCGUUCACGUGAAAGUCGAGAAAACUUCUUACAAAUUGCAUCGCGUUAGUGCCGUUAUUUUUUACGUGACCAUUUCUCGAUUCACCAGUGAGAGAUGCCUUUUAAGCAUGUAAGUCUUCUGAUAUUGAUUACAAUUAUCAUAUUGCGACGCGAUUACGAGACGCGUUCAAAGGAUACUUAUAAUUAUACGAAUAAUCGAAUGAUAUUUAAUAUUAUACAUGUGCAUAUUUUAUACAGAUACAUAUGUUAUAUAUUUACACUUACAAACACGCACAUAUAUAUGUGUGUUUAUACAUGUAUAUAUAUAUAUAUAUACAUAUGCGCGCGCGUCAUUAAAAUUUAAUGAACACUUAAUUAAUCUGCAAUUAAUUGUUUCAUUAAUAUGACAAGAGCCGAACGACAUACCUCAAUUGUGGGUAGUUACCCUCCCUCGGUGCGUUUGUGGUGAAAAUUAAUUUUUAAUCUCUAAUUCUACCUUUACGUAGUGACUCUGGCCGUGUAAUUAUUGAAAUUUUAAUUAUUGAAUUAUGCAGCGUGUACAUCGACUGACAGUGAUGCGAGAGAAUGCCAAAGAAUCAUCGGAGACAUUGGUCAAAGUAAAAGAACGAGAUGUUAUAUUUUUGUUAUCCAUAUAUCAGUGAAGAGAGAGCUUGGCAAACGCACUUUGGGCUACGCUUAAACGUUCGUGCAAUUUAUGAAAGCUAGUUUAAUAGUGAAAUGCUUCGAGUCUUUGGACUAAAAUGCUUUUCAAUCUCGGAAUGUUACCGCCAGUUUAUCUAACAAAGUGGAAGAUUUUUCCUGCACUUCGCGAGACAGAAGUGAGACAGAAGUCUUCCUCUUGUUUUACUUCACAGUAUGCGAUUUAAAAAAUUAAUCCAUUUGUAUUUAGAUUUUAUACUAAAUACACAUGCUAAAUAGAACGAGUACCUGCGACAAAUAUAUCACUUCUAAUCGACUUCUUACGCGUACAAGUAUGCUACUCGUUUGUGUUUAUUAAUAUUUUUGAAGGUGAACAAUGUAUAAAAUACAGAAUAUAAAUGGAUUAAAUAUCUACGAAUGUUAUGUAUGUUGUAAAUGCGCAAGGACAACCGUAAACACGCAACAGUCACACACGUGUGGUGCUACAUAUACAUACAUACAUAUAUAUAUAUAUAUAUAUAUUUGCUUUUUAUAUAAAUUUUAUUAAGUUGCCCGAAAAGAGUAUUUAAUAGUUUAAUACACGUGUUAAGCAUUAAUGUCUAUUUACUAAUGCCGAGUUCAGAAAGAAAUAUCAGACAUACUGAAAUAGAGGUUAUAUUUAUAUGCAAAUCUUUUUCUAUUGCCGAAACUUUGAAGAUUCUGAAAAAAGUAAAAUUUGUAUUAAUUCAA